AUGGUAGCUAUGUGGGGCACGGGGCCAGCACGUCUAGCCAGCUCGAAGUGCCACGACUUCACAGCAGAGCACGGAUUCUCCAGCAGCGGAGUGAGGAGGGGGACAGACCUGGAAAAGAAAGCUGGGACGAAUAGUUAGCUUUGCGCAGAAACUCUGAGCAGUCUCUCCAUCCUCGUUUUAAAAUCAAGCCCACGAAGCUCCAGCACACAGAGGUCAACUGAAACUCAAAGGAUGGAUAUCUACGACCCCCAGACUCUUGGGAUAGUGGUGUUUGGUGGAUUCAUGGUGAUCUCUGCUCUGGGGAUCGUUCUCGUCUCCACCUUCUCCAUGAAGGAGACCUCGUACGAGGAGGCCCUGGCUAAGCAACGCCGCGAGCUGGGUAAGAUCCAGCCUACCCGCUCCGACAAAAAGAAGAAGGACAAAGUGUCCGAGAAGAAGAGCCGCGGAAAGAAGAAAGAUGAAAAGCCCAACGGAAAGAUCCCGGAGCCGGAGAGAAUCCAAGAGGAGGCUGACGUUGAAGAUGUGGUUGAGCCCGUCGCUGCACCGGUUGUAGCUGCCACUCCCGCUCCUGAGCCGGCCCCUGCUGUGGAGGUGAAACCGACUGCUGCCCCACCACCGGCAGAACCGCAGGUCAAGGCUGCACCUGAACCGACCCCUGCUCUUGCUGAUCCCUCACCUGCCCCCUCCCCGAAAGAGAAGAAGAAGAAGAAGGUGGCCAAGGUGGAGCCAGCUCCUGCCCCGGCACCAGUCAAGCCCUCUGCAGCCCCCGCAACCGCCCAGGCUCCUGUGUCGGCCAAAGCAGCCGCCCCAUCCUCUGCAUCCGCCCCAGCCAAGUCCGCCCCUGCACCGGCCAAGUCCGCCCCUGCACCGGCCAAGUCCGCCCCUGUAACCGCCAAGUCCGCCCCUGCACCGGCCAAGUCCGCCCCUGCACCGGCCAAGUCCGCCCCUGCACCGGCCAAGUCCGCCCCUGCACCGGCCAAGUCCGCCCCUGUAACCGCCAAGUCCGCCCCUGUAACCGCCAAAUCCGCCCCUGUAACCGCUAAGUCCGCCCCUGUAACCGCCAAAUCCGCCCCUGCACUGGCCAAGUCUUCUCCAGCUCCACCCAAGACAGCCCCGGUUCUGGAGGCGGUCGCUAAAGAGGUCCCGGUGCUGGCAGUGCCCCCGGUGGGAUCUCAGCCGCCUGCUGCUGCUGGAGGAAAAACCCAAGAGCCCAAGAAGAAGGCCUCCAAGAAGAAGGCGGAGCCUGUGGCAGCCGUGGACUCUGCUGAUGCUCCUCUGUACCUGCCCUACAAGGCUCUGGUGUCCACGCUCAGCAGCAUGGUGUUCAGCGAGGGAGAGGCUCACAGGCUCAUCGAGAUCCUCUCUGAGAAAGUCGGCAUCAUUCAGGACACCUGGCACACGGCCUCUCAGAAAGGAGACCCAGUGACCGUCCUGAAGAAGCAGCUGGAGGAGAAGGAGAAACAGCUGGCGGCAGAACAAGAGGACGCUUCUGCAGCGAAGAACCGCCUCAGAGAACUCACCAAGGAGCUUUCUGCAGAGAAGUCGAAAGUUGCCGGUGUGGAGACGAGGCUGAGCUCGCAGCUGAGCAAGAGGGAGCAAGAGAUGAUCGCCCUGCAGGCUCGCAUGCAGGCCAGUUAUCAGGACCAUGUAGCCCAGACUCAGGCCCUUAAUGCAAAGAUCGUCAGCCUGCAGGAGCAGCUGGAAAACGGCCCGAACGCUCAGCUGGCUCGCCUGCAGCAGGAGAACUCGAUCCUCCGCGACGCACUCAACCAAGCCACCAGUCAGGCUGAGAGCAAACAAAACGCAGAGCUGGCCAAGCUGCGUCAGGAAUGCACAAAGUUGACCAAAGAACUUGGAGAGAAGUCAGAGAGUCUGCUCGCUGACGAGCACGUCAGGAAAGGGCUGGAGGCCAAAGUCUCCGCCGCUGAGAAGCAGCUCUCCCUGCUGCAGGCCAGCCAGGCAGAGAGCGAGCAGGCGCUUCAGCGGAGACUGGAGGAGGUGUGCAAGGAGCUCAGGGACACGCAGAGUAAAAACAGCAGCCUGCAGGCCACGUUGGACGAGACCCAGACGGACAGCAGCUCACUAACAGAGUUUCAGGCUAAUGUUGGGAAGUUGGAGGCGGAGCUCAAGGAGCGCUCGGCUCAGGUGGAAGCCCUCACAGCUCAGCUGGAGGAGACGCAGGCGGAGAAAAGCCAGCUCGUGCAGCAGGCGGCCUCCAUCAACUCGCUGCUGGAAGCUAGUCAGACCAAAAAAGAGGAGGAGAACAAUCAGGAGGGGAACUCUGCAGAGCUGGAGCAGCUAACGCUCAGCCUUCAGCAGAGAGACGACCAGCUGAGCACGCUUCAGGACGAACUGAAGGAACUGCAACUGAAGCAGGAAGCUGCAGAGAACACUAUCGUUGAACUCGAGCAGAGAAAUAAAAGCGAGGACGCCGGCCUCAUCACAUCACUUCAGGAUGAGCUGAAAAACCUCAAAGAAGAGAUGUCACAACUUAGCAGCGCACCACAGACGGACAACUCUGCAGAGAUCACGCAGCUACAGAGCAGCCUGACAGAGAAGGAUGCUCUCGUCACAUCACUACAGGAGGAGCUGAGGGAAGCGAGAGGGAAGACGACGGUCGACGCACAGAACUCUGAGGCUGAACUGACAGCUCUUCAAACUCAAACCAAAGAAACUCUACAGACGCUCUUCCCACAGAUCUCCAUAGAGACAGAGCAGUCCGACUGGUUACAAGUAUUCACACAGAGAGCUCAGGAGGCGCUCAGCCAGCGGAGUCAGGAGUCUGAGACGAGCACGGCGUCACCGGAGCUGCUCGAGAAACUAAAAGAGGCGGAGGAGAGUCACAGCUCGCUGCAGGCUGAAUGUGACCAGUACAGGACCGUCCUGGCAGAAACUGAGGGGAUGCUGAAACACCUGCAGAAGAGUGUAGAAGAAGAGGAGCUUGUAUGGAAAUCCAAGAUGGCCGACUCAGAGGAGCAGCUGAGGGUGGCUCUGGAGAAGGUCGGCAAACUGGAGGCAGAAAACCAAAGUGUAGACCAGCUGAAGGAGCAGAUGAUGCUUCUGGAGGCUCAGCUGGAGAAGCAGUCAGAAACCCCGGGGAGCUCGGAGGAGACAGAGCAGGUGAAGCUGCAGCUGUCGGAGAGUCAGAGCCAGCUGGAGUCGGUCCAGAAGGAGCUGCAGACACAGAAGGAGGAGCUCGCACAGGUCAGAGAGCAGCUGGGCGAGGUCACGAUGAAGAACGGCCCCGCUGAGGCUCCACACAGUCAGGUCCAGAACGAGCUGAGUCAGACGACCGAGAAGCUGCACGGGGAGGAAACCCAGAGGCAGCAGCUCUCUGAAGAUUUCGAGCAGGCCCAGAAGACUUUAGUAGAACUUCAGGCACAGCUGGAUCUUCUGAAGGAGUCUCCACAAGCGGAGACGGAGGAUGUCACUCAGCUGAAGGAGCGCCUGGAGAAGGAGAAGAAGCUUUCCAAAGACCUCGGCCAGGCGGCCACCAAGCUCCAGCAGCUCCUCAAGGCCACUCAGGAGCAGCUGACUAAAGAGAGGGACACAGUGAGAACACUACAGGAGCACCUGGAUGGAAAGGGAGAAUACGUGGAGCUGAAGGAAGGAACCUCCGUCUGAGAAGGAAGUCCACUGCAGACACUACAAAAGAAAACCUGCCAAAUAUGCCUUAUGAUUACCAUAGUUAUGCAUUCCAAAACUAUUUCUUUCUUGUACUGUAGUUGAUUGCAUUUGUUGCAACUGUAGGAAAAUCAAAUGUUUGAUAUGAUGAACAUUUCAUGGUGAGAUUUGACGAGCGACUCCUGCUACGAUCUUUAUUGAAACCCCACAUUCCAUCAACGAUUCUGGCUGUGUCAGAAGUUAUUUAUCCCUCCCGCCACCUUAUAUUCCAGACAUUUCCCCCAUAGUUCAGUGUUAAAAAGGGAAACCGAUUGUGCGUCAAACGUGCAUCAACCUGUGCAAUUACUUUGUAUGUCUUUUCUAUGUGGUUGAAUGAUGGGAACAUUUUACGGUUCGAUGUUUCAUUACCUAUAGGGCCUGCUUUUCCUCUGAAGCCGGCUGCCAAUAACAUGCAUCAACAAUUUGUAUGAGUGAAUAAACUACAGUGUAGCUCUA